AAACCCAGUUUUGACAUCCUGAUAAAGGAAGUGAGAUUUUAUGUUAGUCUAGUGACUAUUAUGUGCAGGAGUAUUUGCUCCUGUGUGGCCUGUGUUGUUUGUGUUUUCUCUUUGCAGGAAAGAGAGACCCAGAAGGAUGGAGAGUCCAGGGUGAGAGUAGGAGAUAUCAUGUACGUGAAGGUGCCCAGGAGGAGAUGCGUAGCACUCAAGGUGUUUCUGUUUGGCCUGUGGGAUUUGUGGGUGGCAGAACGUAUGAGCGCCCCCUGGUGUCUGGUGGGAAAGUUGUGGGCUGGUACACUGGCUGGAGACCAGACCGAUCGUUCGCCAUUGACAUGGCAGGUUUUGCAGUGAACCUCCAGGUGAUCCUGGCAAACCCACAGGCGCAGUUCAAGCGGUCCGGCUCCCAGCCGGGGAUGCAGGAGUCUGACUUCCUCAAGCAGAUCACAAAGGUCCCCGAGUUGGAGCCCAAGGCCAACAAUUGCACACGGGUGCUGGUUUGGCACACUCGCACAGAGAAACCACACCUUGUAAACGAGCCCAGACUUCGAAAGGACCCUGUGGUCAUUGAGGUGUGAGAGGAACAGCAGCCAGAAGCUGAUUGCAGCUGCUCAUCAUCUCUUGGCUGGGACUAACAACAGCACCCUGCUUUUUCUACUAAUUGGUUUAAUACAGUCUGUUCAUCCUGGACACAGACUCCAAGGGAGCUGCAUGAUUCAAGACUUCCAGCUGCCAGUCAAAUGUGCUUUGUGUGAACUGAAUGGCAUGGGCUGAAUAUGCUCACUUUACAAACUGGGAUGGUUCAUUUCUUCCAUCCAUGGCUUGCUCAUGUAAAACACUGAAGUAUAAAUGUAAAGAAAAUAUCAUGUUGUUCACUUAAAAAGUGCCAUGUGAAUCAUAAUGUCAUUUUUAAUCAUUAAUACAUGAUUGUCAACUGUUAUACCAUGAUAUAAUUACCCUAAACAAGGGUUGUGGUCCUGAUAAUUGGUAACUUCCUAUAUUUUAUGACAAUGGUUUUGUAGUGCUAAUGUUUCUCAAAGUUCAAGAAAUUUUUUACAUUUUGGGGAAUAUGUUUAUUUGUUUUCUUUCUGAGGAGAAGGGAUAAAGCAUUGGUAAGGAUCCAGAAUCAGGGCAUGGUUUGCAUCAAGUUGCAUCAAGCAAGAAGCAGCUAGUCUGUCCAUCUUUGUUCACCUGUUUCAUUUAACCCAUGCAUAAACUGAAACAGUAAAAGAAAAAAUGUCAGGCUGUAGUUUUUCAGGGAAGUUAUAUGAUGUAAUUACUGUGUAUCUUUGGGAAAAACAUCUGGGUGUGCACCAGAAAUGCUCCGCAAAAUUACAAGGCCGAUGGAUAUUUUGCUAUUCAGGAAGAACUAUCUCACAAUCACAGAUUGUCAUUUUUUUACAUUGCUAUUUAAUGUUUUAAACAAACUACACAGAAUGUAGUCUAAUUAGCUUUCAAGGUGCUGCUCCCAGUCUUUAAGAUAAAUAUGUCUCCACUUCAGCUGCAUACUUAACUCGAAACAGGCAUUCUUUUCUCAUCUUGCUACUGGAAGAUAGCAAGUAAGUGUAUUUGCAAACAUACAGAAUGAUUUAUUUCAUAACACUCCAUACCUCUUUCACUGAGCAAAUGAAGAUGUUUGAAGGGAAGCUCUUCACUCCUUUAAUCACCUGCCAAAAGUCUUUGCUUCAUUUCUACUGGAAGAACAGCACCUUUCUCCAUGUCUUCAUGGUGGCUCAGUUGCCAAUUGGAGGCAGACAAAAGCAACUAGAUUUUCCAGCUCUAGUCCUACCUCUUUUAUGUCUCAAAUUCAUUGUGGUAAUUACUGAUGCCUAAAUGCUAUAUAAUCAUCAAAUCAUUGCCCAGCUCAUAUAUAAUGAUCUCAGUGGACCUUUGCUCUGCUCUUAGCCUGUAUUUAUGUUAGGAAAACCCACCAUAAAGUGUCUUAGUAAGGUGUAACAGACAGACUGCUAGUUUCACAGCUCAGAUGUGUAAAAAAAAGGAUAUUUUUAUAACAGUAUUAUACUGGACACACAAGUUUAAAGCGAAAUUAACGUGUUAGUGUGCGAUGUAUACUGGAAACAAAAAGAGGAUUAAAUCCAGGAUUCAACAGCCUUUAUUCCACAUGACUCUGCUGUAAAAUGUGGGACAGAAACAAAGGAGCAAACAAAAUUCUCAAAAGAUAAAUCAACACGUUUACAGUUGAGAGUCACUGGACAAAGAUGAACGCAGAAAACCAUUUCUGGCUAUUUAUUGUUCUACUAUUCGGAAAUCACUUUUUCUCUCUCUGUACUAGGCACCAGAAAAUGUAAACACAUUGGAAAUAAACCUGGAGGACAAUAGAGUUAUCAAAUAUAUGUGUGUGUUGUUCACACUACCCACAUGUACUGUAUAACAGGGUGCUACAGUUAUUGCAUGACAAAGAGAGAAUGGAUCUCUGCAUCGGCACUCGGCAGUGUCGCUGUAGCUCUGUGCGUGGAUGUGUGUAUGUGUGCUUUGUUCAUUUCUGCUCUUGCUCUUCUGUCCUUAGCCUCUAGAUACACGGAUUGUACAGUGAUGAUGGACCUAUCCAGCGUUUUCAUACAGGACCCUUUUCUAGCACUGUCCAGUCCUGGUCCACCUCAUCAGCCUCUUUUUGCCAGCCCAGUGCUGUGAUUGGUCAUCCACGUUUAUUUGCUUCAGAUUAACUGUGCUUCUCUUGUACUG